AUGAUCCGUAGCAACAGGAACCCCAUCUUUAGGAUCGUAGCGGUCCUUGUGUGGGUGCAUUUCGCAUCGCUGGCUGGAGCUAAGCAGACAGCAUGCUCGUCGCAGAAUACGGGGUCGACUCCUGCAAAAUGGGACCAAUACCAAAGCAAUGGGUGGUGCUCUAACGCAUGUAGUGGCUACUCGUACGCUGUUGUCCAGGAUCAUAAUUGCUGGUGUUCGAAUACCGGGCCCUCUUCACAAACGUCUGUCGGGAGCUGCAGUUCAGCGUGUCCGGGAUACGGCUACGAGGAAUGUGGAAACUUAGAUGAGGGACUUUUCGGAUACAUAUACUUGGGCCCUGCGAGCUCGAGCUCUAGCAUGGGUGCAAGCUCUUCUACAUCGAGUACAAGUUCGAGCACAAGUUCGAGUUUUAGCUCCGCUUCCAGCUCCAGUUCAAGUGCUAGUUCCAGUGCAAGUUCAAGUUCGAGCGCAAGCUCGAGUUCGAGUCCAAGUACUACUUUCAGCUCUAGCUCUAGCUCUAGCUCUGGCUCCAGUUCUGGCUCUAGCUCAAGUUCUAGUCCAAGUUCUAGCUCUAGUUCUAGCUCAAGUUCAAGCUCCACUUCCACUUCCACUUCAAGCUCGAGCUCCGCCUCAAGCAGUUUUGGCCCUAGUUCAAGCUCUAGCCCAAGCCUCAGUGCGACUUCCAGUACCACACCUUCGGCGAGCUCAAGCUCGAGCUCUAUUUUUUCCAGUUCGAGCCCUCAAAGCUCCAGCUCUACUACCUCAACUUCAAGCACUGAAUCUUCGUCAUCUGCGUCCACUUCUUCAUCGUCUUCAGACUCAUCUUCUAGUACUUCUUCCACUAGCUCUUCCAGCUCUUCCACCAAAACUACAAGCUCUAAGACUACUGCAAGCUCGUUUACUUCCAUAGAGUAUUCGUACCUAACGGUAACUGCGUCUCCAACUGCAGACGGAAGUUCUGGCGGCAACAUCUUCACCACCCAGGUUAUCACUACGGUAAUCUCAACGCCAACAGGGCAAGUAUCUGCCGCUCCCAAUUCUAACGGCGCUCAAACAAACAAAAACAGCUCCAGUGGUAAAGGAUUUUGGGGAUCGCCUGGUAAGAUUGCCGGUACUUUCGUCGCUGUAGGCAUAGUGGUGUUUCUCCUUGCCCUUCUGGCCUUUGUGCUAUGGUAUCGUCGCAGAAACCAACGCGACGAAGAUUUCGAAAAGCGCUAUAACGACGUCGUGGCCCCAGUUGGCAGCAACACGAGCAUCGGACCGGCUUCUUCUGCCUCUCCCAACGGUUUCAUAUAUGCUGACGAGAAGGGUAUUCAAGGAGCGCCGCCGGCCUCUUCAGAAAAUAACGAAAAAAGAGGGUCUCAGGAGACCAGUGUUGCGGAGAUGGAUCACGGUGCCGCUGCAGAAGAGGCUCCUGUCGUUGUUGAUCAACGACUUGACCCGCGCCAAAUGUUUAUGAUGCAAUGGGAGAAUGGCGGAAGUAAAGUGUCGCUGGCAGACGAUGUAGACUAUUCGAGGAAGGUCCUGCGAGUAAUGAACGAUUGA